AUGGAAAACACGCAUAAUUAUUGGCCUGGUGGAAUUCCAGCCCAUGUCAGGUUUAACGAAGAGCCAAUAUAUGACUCUCUCAAAGAGCACAUCAAGGCUUGGCAGCUCUUUCUCGAGGAAAAUGCCGGACAAUGCAUGCCCCAGAGCCAAGAUGACCAAUUCGCAGUGACGCAACGACGGAGACUCGUCGAGCAAUGGGCGCAGAUGCGCCAGGAGGACCGCGACGCCUACCACCGGCGGGCGCCGAUCCGGAACGGCGCGUCAUGGUGUCCGCCACAGCUCCGCGACAAGGGCCGCAAGAUGGGCAAGUCGGUCGCCUUUACCCAGCUGAUAGCCCCGUGGCCGCUGGACGCGCGGGGCCGGGCGCUCUGGACAAAGGUGCGCAUCAUGCUGUACGCUCUCGACGGCGAGAACGGCAGCCAGUUUGACGAGCAGAACAGCACCGUCGGCAUCGUCGUGCCCCACCCGGCCGUUGCCGCCGCCGCUGUGACGCCGGCAGACUUUUUGCAAUGGUGCUACAUUGAAGACGCCGAUUUUGAUAGCAUAGCCAUGACGGUCGCGGGCAGGGUCAUUUGUCACCGGUGGGACAACUUGAUGCUGUUCGCGGACCGGGAGGCGCUCGAGACGGGCUUCCUGCUCCUGUGCGAAUUGGACAACAAUGGUCAGGUGCGCGACCAGGCGCGCGUGUGGCCGCCGGCCUUUAAGAAUGAGUACAUCCGCAUGACGGUGCUGUGCAAGCCGCUCGAUGAGAUUCGUACCGAUGACAGAAUCCCUGGGCCCGGCUGGGUUGGCCCUAUUGAUAUGGAGGAGCCGAUGCUCGAUCUGCUCGAAUCCAAACGUGAAAGAUACUUCCCUCAGGGCUGUGAUAUUGAUCUUUGGAUGGAGGCCAUUGAGAGGUGUGCGCCGGGUUAUCUUGACAUGGAGGAGGAAGGCAAUGGUAUGGCCCCCGACUAUGAUCACGCCCUCUUCAGGUCGCACGCGGAGCUAGAAGAUAUGCCAUGGGAAGACGAGCAAUGA